AUGUGGCAAAUUGUAGGUUUUCUAUCUCUUGUUCUUAAUCAUAUAACACAUGUCCAUACACAAACAUUAUAUCAAUGUAACUUUGACAGCGCUUCUACAACUGACAACUGUUUCACAACAACUAUCAAUAUUGUUUCAAGUGUGGGAAACCCAGGUACCCUGGCGCCAAACGGAGCUUUAUCAGAUGUAACUUCAAGCUUGACGGCAACAGGUAAUGGAGAACUAUGCAAUAUACCUUAUCGAAUCGGCACAUUCAAUUGGGAUAUGUAUUUUUGUAAUAGAGGUUAUUGUCCAACAGAAUCUAGUUCAAAUAGUACAUGUAAACCAGGCAAAUUUGGUUCUGUACAAUUAAUUACUAAUGAUAAAAGAUCCUAUCAACUUAAAACUGGAUCUAGUGGAAUCAAUGGUAUAGGUCAACAAUGUCUUAUUUAUUACUAUUACAUGGGUGCUGCUAGCUCGAAGACUAUUACCGUAAGAAAGAUGGAAACGAGUGGUAGUGAUCAGACCAUUGAUUCUGUUACAAGUACUCCAUUCAAUGGAUGGAUACAACGUAAAAUAACUUUCAAUGCUGAAGCACAUGGUUAUAAUCUCUAUUUUGAAGCACAAAAAACAAGUCCAUCUCAAGCACCUUAUAUAGGAUUUGACGAAAUCUCAAUUCGUCAAGGGAGUUGUGAGGAUGAACCCGUAACUUCUGGUUCGAUGACCACAACAUCAGUACCAAUUCAGACAACUACAACAACCACAGCAGCUGAAACAACUACGACAACACCCGAGCCAGUCCCGACGACAACAACAACACCCGAGUCAAUUCUGACUACAACAACGACACCAGCUCAAACAACCACAACGACCCCUGAGCCAGUUCUAACGACAACAACAGUGCCGAUGCAGACUACGUCAACUACUCAGCCAACAACCACAACGAUCAUCACUACGACAACCUUACCUAUCGCGAUUUCAACAACUCAAUCUUCUUCAUCAACCACGACAACAAACAUUGUUACAUCAUCAACAACUAGUUCUUUACUAACAACACCAGUGUCAACAGAAACUACCAGUACCAUGACUAUUUCAUCUACAAUACCCAUAAAAACUACACCUAUGAUUACUGUAACUAGUAAGACAACAACAACUACUUCAAUAUUAAAGACAAGUACAAUGGCGAUCGUCGAAAAUGUGAUUAUUUCUUCAUACAGUCGAAUACUUCCUCGAGAAAAAAGCGAUAUCAUCGUCAUAGCCAUAAUAAUUCCUAUUGUAUGGAUAGCAUUCAUCAUUGCUGUUCUUUGGGUAAACAAAUCAAAUGGUGUAAUUAAUAAUAUCAUACAUCCUUUUACUAAUUGGAGUCGUAAUGGUGAAUGGCCUGCCAGUUAUGAGCUCACUAGUGUAUCAGAUGCUUAA